AUGACCAAGCUUCUCGACCUCGUCACCCAAAUCGACAAUGCCCCGUUGAACUUUGAGACGGCUCACCAUCCCUACUACCGCCUCUAUCUCGCCCCGGAUCCUCGUCCUCAUGGCUACAUACUCCCCGACACCGUCUCGCGCAUGCCGUGGCCCGCAGACUUUACCGUCAGCCACGACGACCGCUCCGUGACGCUGUCGGCGCCUCCUCCGGGAGAAACACUCACGACGCAUGCCAACACUGCCUUUCAAAAGGCUGUGGACGGUGCCAUUGACGGCGACCUGUUUCCCAUUCUGCACCGGGAGCACAGCGAGCCUUUCCUUGUUGUCGGAGCUAGGAGUUUUGUUCAGAUUGAGCGUUUUGCAGCACCAUUGUUUGGUAUCGCUACUCGUGGUGCCCACAUGACGGGCUAUGCUCGUGGUACGGAUGGUAAGAUCAAGAUUUGGGUUGCGCGUCGAAGCCGUCAUCUCUUUAGUUACCCAGGCCUCCUCGAUAGCACCGUCGCGGGCGGUAUCAAGGCAAGCAACACACCCCUCGAAUGCAUACUCGCCGAGUCGGUAGAGGAAGCCUGUCUCCCCGUGGACCUCGUCUCAUCCAAAGUUCAAGCCGCCGGCGCCGUGACGCUAGCCAACAUUAACGAGCGCUCUGGACUACACCACUCCGAUAUUCUCUACGUCUACGACCUCGAGAUUCCAGACGAUGUAGUCCCAAAGCCGGGGGACGACGAGGUUGAAGAGUUUGUGUUGAUGGAGUGCAGCGAGGUCGUGAAGCGGAUGCUAGCCGGCGAGUUCAAGCCGAAUGUGUGCCCGGUGUUGAUUGACUUCUUGGUGAGGCAUGGAGAGAUCACGGCCGAGAAUGAAGAGGACUUUGCAGAGAUUCAGGCUCGACUGAGGAGAAAGAUUUCUGUGCCCAUGGAGUCGGAUGAGAUAUAG